AUGAGCAGCAUGCUGAUGCACCGCCGCCGCCGCGACAUUUUCAUGCUUUGCUGGCUCACGAGCCAUGCCUUGUGUUCUACGGAAGCAGUAAAAGUGGUCUCCGAGGGGUGCUCACCGGCGGAGAGGGACGCCCUCUUGCUGCUGAAAGCCGGGAUCCGCAACUCUUCCGCCCUCCUCUCUUCGUGGGCGGCCCAAGCAGACUGCUGCGCGUGGAGCGGCGUGGUGUGCCGCAACAGAUCCGGCGACGUCCGGGUGGCGGAGCUCAACCUCCAGAACCCAAAUGCAGAGCAAACCAACGAGUACGACACGGCUCUGAGUGGUGAGUUGCUGAACCCAUCCCUGUCGUCCUUAACUGCUUUGCGAAGCUUGAAUCUCAGUUACAACGACCUGGGCGGCGCUCCCAUCCCGGCUUUCGUCGGCUCCCUCCGCCAACUGAGGGUCCUCGACCUGCGCUGGUGCAACUUCGCCGGAAACCUCCCUCCUCAUCUCGGCAACCUGACAAACCUUCGCUACCUCGACUUGAAGUCGAAUUCUUUUCUCCAGGACCGUCCCAGAGUCGACAGCAGCCUGGACUGGCUCAAGGCCCUUUCUUCUUUGACCUAUCUCGACAUGUCCGACGUGGACCUCAGCGCCGCCGCCUACAAUUGGGUGUCGACGAUCAACUCGCUGCCUGCCCUGCGACAACUCAAACUGUUCCUUUGCAACCUCGACGUCCCUCCGUCUCUCGACCUCGAACUCAACCUCACUUCUCUUACCACACUCGACCUCAGUCUCAACAGAUUCCACUCCACUUUCCCGAACUGGCUGUGGAAUCUCACCGGCCUCCUGUCUCUUCAACUCGGCAAUUCACGGCUUCAAGGCCAACUGCCGCCUGAAAUCGGCAACUUGAUCAACCUCGUGAACCUUGACCUUUCUCUGAACUCGCUGCACGGCCCUCUACCUACCUCAAUAUGGAAACUGAAGAAUCUAGCAAAUCUCGACCUGAGCUUCAACUUUCUCGGAGAUUCUUUGCCGACGGGGAUUAUGAACCUAUCGAGCCUAUCGACACUGAACCUUGCUAAUUGUUCGCUCACUGGUCCGAUACCCACCGAGUUAGGCAAUUUGACUACUCUAAAGUAUCUCUACCUCGACCUUAAUUCACUUUCCGGACGAGUACCGGGGGAGAUCGGGAAGCUCCUCGAUCUCGCUCAGCUAGACCUCUCUGCUAAUUCCCUCCGAGGUAACAUCUCUGAGUUCCACAUCUCCAACCUGACCAGGUUACAGUGCCUGUUCUUGUUCGAUAACCCCCUCUAA